AUCUCAAGCAUCGGUACAUUUACUUAUUUUUCGUUAAGUCGAUACACUUUCUCUCAGCAAAACCGACAUUUCGUACAAAAACCGUUGUAUGUUAGCAACCCCACCCAUCAUAUCCCUGCUCGACGCAGAACACUACAACGUGGUCGUGCAGUAUCAACGACCUUUUUUGGCUGCCUUCAAAUUGUGUUAAAAUAAUGUCGGCUUCAGAAGAAACUGUUGUCGCCGACCAACAGAAAGAGGUUGAUACCUCAAAAGACUCAGAAGAGUUGUCCCAGUGUUCAAAUUAUGACACUCCGGGCAAGGGAUCCGAUGCAGACCCUGAUGAAACAGCGGGCGAAAAUGACCAUCUAUCUGACUAUGGUGAAGGAGAUCUUGAUGGUGAGGGCCCAAAUGUACAACCCUUGGAUUCUUCAGAUGAAGAAAGAGUUCCAGAUGACGAUGACCAACUUGAUGACACAGUUGAAAGUGACCGAGAAAGUGUUACUGUUGAUGAUGAAAGGGAGGAGGGUGAUGGACAGGAAAGCUCUCCAUCUAAGGAGAAGAAGCUGGAUGAUGAUGAAGAUAGGAGAAAUCCUCAGUACAUUCCUAAGCGGGGCACGUUUUACGAACAUGACGACAGAACUGCUGAUGACAUGCAAGAAACACCAUCUAAAGAAUCCAAGAUAGACAGCCGGGAUGGUAAAGAAACUGGUAAAGAGUCUGGUCGAAAAGUGUGGAAAGAUAGGGAAGAUCGGUGGCAACAUGAUCUCUUUCAGGAAACAGAUCAAGCGCCCAAAUCUCGUGAAGAGUUAUUAAGUGUGUAUGGAUAUGACAUCCGAAAUGAAGAAGCUGCUCCUAAAGCCAGAAGACGACGCAGAUAUGGCCGAGGUCCUAAUAAAUAUACUCGAAGUUGGGAAGAUGAAGAAGCAUACAGUAGACCCCUGAGUGCAUUCAUUGUAGAAAAAGAGGCAGGAGAAAACAAGAAAGGGCCACGCAAGCCCAGAGUUCUCAGCAGAGGAGGACGGGGGGCUGGAGGUGGCUAUAGAAACAGUGGCAAUGCUAGUGGUGAUGGUGGAGAUGGCAAUGAUGUUCAGAAACAGGAAUACCCUGCGCUCUCAAAUUCAGAUGAUAAUGGGGUGAAGAAUGGUGAGGAAAGUAAGGUUGUUUCUCAACCUUCAUUUAGCAGCAAAGUGUCAGGAAGUGUGACUUCAAAGACUGUUGCUGGCACAUUUAAUGCUAAUCCAAAAGAAGUUGUUGCACCAUUUGGGUCACAGCAGAAGCAGCAAAGAGGACAUCAACAGCAUGCUUCCUCAAACCAUCAGACCUCAUUUAGGCAAGAAGAAGAUCAACGAAGAGGUUGGCGCCGGGACUCAAAUGAGGAUGGGGAUGGUGCUGGUGGAGAAAGAGGAAAUAUUCGUGGUAGAGGAGGUAGACCAUCUCAGGCACGGAACAGGCGAGAAGAUGACAGAGAAGGGCACAGAUGGUCUGACCAUUCUCAAUCAAAUGGUCAAAGUAGAGGCCGCGGAGGCGGUAGGGGUGGUUUUAGGAGAGGAGGGCCUCCUCCUCAAGGAAAUCAAAGGCAGCAGAGGGAGCAUGACGAGGAGAAUGAGAGUGACGGUGGUCACCGUGGGUACACUGAAGACGUCAGUAGAGAUAUGGGCAAUUUAAGUAUUUCCACAACCCACCCACAGUCUUCUUCUGGAGGGGAUUAUCAGCGUCGCCCGAGUAAUGGAAACACGAAUGGUACUACGGACAGAAGGCAAAGCAUGCCUCCUAGAAUGCAAGAUAAUGCUGGAAGCAGACCUAAGCGAUACUCGUCUAUGAGAGCUCGCAAUGUGCCUGAAACUAGUCCUGCUCAACAGCCUCCUGUCUCAGCAGGCUACACACCUCCAACUCCCCAUGCCUAUUACCAACCAGGAUAUGGACCUGCUCCAGUUGCUGGUGUGCCCCCAGGUGUGCCUCCAGGUGUAGCCCCGAUGUACCAGGAAACACCUUCAAUGCCUGCUGCCUCACCAGGGCACCAGCCUGCUGUGGCAGGCCCGCCUGUGCCAACCAUGCCUACCACUUUGCCAAGUACCAUUCCCAGUACAAUCCAGUGCUUCCCACAGGGUCUUGCUCCUCAGGGUAUUCCGCCCCAAGGUCUCCCACCUCAAGGUCUCCCACCUCAAGGUCUUCCACCUCGUGGUCUCCCACCUCAAGGCCUCCCACCUCAAGGCUUAGCCCAGGGCUCUUUCAUUGCGCCACCCCCAGGUCCCCCUGCCGGCCUUCUGCCUCCUGGCAGCUUUAUCCCACCAGUGGGCGGACCUGCUCCCUCUUUUGUUGCGGCUACUUCGCCUCAAGGCCAUGUCCAAGGACAGUAUCAGCAAUUGGCUUUCCAGCCAUAUCAGCCUAUAGCAAUGGUGAGUGGCGUUAGCCAGCCUCAGCCUGCAGAGUUGUAUCAACCCCAAGGUGGCAUAACAUACUACUCAACUCAAAACCAAAUUAUUCCUCGAGCUGCUCCUCAGCCUCGAGUCAAAGCCGCCAUCCCAAUCUUACCACCUCCAGAACGGUCAUCUUACGGAGGAUCCAUGGACGAACAUGGUGAAAUUCAUGAAGCAGUACAUGAAGAAAUUCAUUCUUCAUCCCCUCCAGCUGAAAUUACUGUUGUCUCAAAUGACAGUAAUAAUCCGACUUCUUAACUUCAAAGUUAAUACUAAUCAAAUUAACGGAGCAUUGUUUAAGACUUGUUAUGUAACAUAGUUAUCUACCUAUCUCACGUAAAUCAGUUUACGUGGCAAGCUAAACAAUUUUUUUUCGUUUUUAUUAUUUUAUGAUAUUAUUGAACCGACUUGAACAAGACUGUUCUGUCUGAUUGACUUCCUAGGAUGGCAUUAUCAAAACUAUCCAAAUUGUACUAAAUUUUGUUCAAACUUUAUCAAAUGCCAGUUCUUAAGUUUUGAUUGAAACAAAAAUCUACUCCCAGUGCAUGUUGGUUUGCUUGUUGUAAUCAUAGAACUGGGAUUUGGUGAAAUAUACAUAGCCUCUCUUACAUGUAUGCUCCAACUUGUUAAUCUCGUAAUUGUCAAUCAAUGAACUGAAUGUGGGCAACAGCCCUGGCAUCUCAAUUAAAGUUGGGAUGUUGAA